CUCAGAAGCUCCACUCUCAGGUCCCAACCUCCUGGAGGCUUGCUGGGGAGGAAAUCCCACUGAAUACAGAAGGGGAAGCUGCCAUCAUUAAUCAUGGAGACUGAAUUUGUCUUAAGAAAACAGAAUUCCUCCUUUUUAUCAAAAGACUGGUAGGGAAGUCUUGGAAGAUCUGAACUUCUUUUCCUGCCAUAAGCGGGGAUGCAAAACUUUGAGGAAGAAAUAUCCUUUCAGCAAUGGGAAGCUUUACAGGCAAAAGUCCCUGCAGAUUACAGCAAGCGAGUUUAUCAAGGCGUGCGGGUGAAGCACACGGUGAAGGAUCUGUUGGCAGAAAAGCGAUCAAGGCAGACGAGUGGCUCACGCUUCAAUGGCAGCGUCACAACCACGCAGUCAUCGUUUCUCCCGCUUGCAGGGUCUCCGGCUCUGUCUGGCUACUACGGGGUUCGGCGGUCCCUGGUGGCAGAUAUGGAUUUACAGAGCACUAAGCCGAUCGCCAGCGAAGUCUACACACCGUCCCUCCUAGCAAAGCCCUUUGCGUACGAAUCGCACGGGGUUCAGGGCUAUCCUUCUUUGCUGGACACCUAUUUCAGUGACCAAUACGGGGACCACCGCAUCACCCCAGUGACCUCUGGCACCACGUCCCUCUUCGGAGCCUCGCCGUUGCCUUCUGUCGUGCCAUCUUUCCCCAGUGACUCUUCACAUUUUUUGAGUGAGCAAGCCCUGCCCGACAGUCUUGGCCAACCGGAUGUCUGUCCCGACUCCCUGCAAACUUCUUCCGCUCCAGGUUGCCUUUCCUCCCAUGAGCCGGGAGGGCCUUCCCAGUUCAGGAAUCCCAGCUGGAAUCCCCCCCUUGCUGGAACUCAGUCCUACUCCCUGCACGCUCUGGAAGACGCCCACUAUACCUCCAGCUACUCGACUGGCUCCCCGUACCCCUUCUCAUCUUUUAUGACUGUGGCCAACGAUCUGACACCCAAGAUAGUCCAUGCCGUCCCAGAGGAAUCUGCAGACACCACUUCUCUCCACGACAGCAGCUCUCUCUGGCCAAAGGAAGAUGGCAACCCACUUUGGGGGUCCUAUGAAUGUCGACGGACUUUCUAAAUGGGACUGGCAAU